AUGGCGACCGCAGCCUCCAACCACUACAGCCUGCUCGCCUCCGGCUCGCCCAUGGUGCACGCCGAGCCGCCCGGCGGCAUGCAGCCCGGCGGCGGCUACCGCGACGCGGGCGCGCUGGUGCAGGCGGACUACGCGCUGCAGAGCAACGGGCACCCGCUGAGCCACGCUCACCAGUGGAUCGCCGCGCUGUCCCACGGCGGCCCCGGCGGGCCCGGCGGCGGGGGAGGCGGCGGCGGCGGCGGCGGCGGCGGCGGAGGCGGCGGCGGCGGCGGCGAGGCGCCGUGGGCGGCGGGCGCGCUGGGCCAGCCCGACAUCAAGCCGGCCGUGGUGCAGCCGGGCGGGCGCGGCGACGAGCUGCCGCCGCCGCCGCAGCACCCGCCGCCGGGCCGGGCGCCGCACCUGGUGCACCACGGCGGCGGCGGCGGAGGCGGCGGCGGGCACCACGCGGCGGCCGCGGCGGCGGCGGCGGCGGCGGCGGCGGCGGCGGCGGCGUGGCGAGCGGGCGGCGCGGCGCACCUGCCGCCCGGCAUGGCCGCGGCCAACGGCGGGCAGGCGGCGGGGCUGCUGUACUCGCAGCCGCCCGGCUUCACCGUCAACGGCAUGCUGGGCGCCGCGCAGCCCGCCCUGCACCACCACGGCCUGCGCGACGCGCACGACGAGCCGCCCGGCCCCCCCGGGCCGCCCCCCGGGCCCCCCGGGCCGCCGCACCACGGCGCCGAGCACGGCGGGCCGCCGCCGCCGCCGCCUCACGGCCCGCACCCGGGAGCGGCCGGGCCGCCGCCGCCGCCGCCCUCCGCCGCGCCCCCCGGGGCGCCGCACCACGAGGCGCACUCGGACGAGGACACGCCGACGUCGGACGACCUGGAGCAGUUCGCCAAGCAGUUCAAGCAGCGGCGGAUAAAGCUGGGAUUUACCCAAGCGGACGUGGGGCUGGCGCUGGGCACCCUGUACGGCAACGUCUUCUCGCAGACCACCAUCUGCCGCUUCGAGGCCCUGCAGCUGAGCUUCAAGAACAUGUGCAAGCUGAAGCCUUUGUUGAACAAGUGGUUGGAGGAGGCGGACUCCUCCUCGGGCAGCCCCACCAGCAUAGACAAGAUCGCGGCGCAGGGCCGCAAGCGGAAAAAGCGCACCUCCAUCGAGGUGAGCGUCAAGGGCGCGCUGGAGAGCCACUUCCUCAAGUGCCCCAAGCCCUCGGCCCAGGAGAUCACCUCGCUGGCGGACAGCCUACAGCUGGAGAAGGAGGUGGUGAGAGUGUGGUUUUGUAACAGGAGACAGAAAGAGAAGCGCAUGACGCCCCCGGGAGGGACGCUGCCGGGCGCCGAGGACGUGUACGGGGCCAGCAGGGACACGCCGCCGCACCACGGGGUGCAGACCCCCGUGCAGUGAACUCGCGGCGGGGGCGCCCGGCCCCGCCUGCUCCUCCUCCUCCUCCUCUCCUCCUCUUCCUCCUCCUCCUCUUCCUCUCCUCCUCCUCUUCAUCCU